GUAGCGCGGGCUCGCGGGGCCGGUGGCGGUUAGAGCCGGAGUGACGUAGCGCGGGCUCGCGGGGCCGGUGGCGGUUAGAGCCGGAGUGACGUAGCGCGGGCUCGCGGGGCCGGUGGCGGUUAGGGACGGAGUGACGUGGCGCGGGCUCGCGGGGCCGGUGGCGGUUAGAGCCGGAGUGACGUAGCGCGGGCUCGCGGGGCCGGUGGCGGUUUGGGACGGAGUGACGUGGCGCGGGCUCGCGGGGCCGGUGGCGGUUAGAGCCGGAGUGACGUAGCGCGGGCUCGCGGGGCCGGUGGCGGUUAGGGACGGAGUGACGUGGCGCGGGCUCGCGGGGCCGGUGGCGGUUAGAGCCGGAGUGAGAGUCCAGGCCGAGAGCAUCUGAUGACCAAAUGCGGUUGACGGGAGCCGAGCUCUGCCUCUCGCCGCUCCUCUGCGCUUUUUAUUUCACCAACAAGUAUAUCCUUUCAGUACUGAAAUUUACAUAUCCCACGCUUUUUCAAGGUUGGCAGAUGUUGGUGGGAGGAUUACUGCUUCAGGUGUCCUGGAAACUGGGAUGGGUGGAGAUGAAAAGUAAUGUUUUAUGGUCUGCAAAGAUUUCCUGGUUCCCGGGGGCAGUGCUGUUUGUUGGCAUGAUCUAUGCAGGUUCUCGGGCACUAUCUAAACUGCCCAUCCCAUUCUUCCUUGUGUUUCACAAUGUAUCUGAACUUGUUGCCACCAUCCUCCAGAGGCUGUCCAAGAAAGAGAAAUGGUCUUUUAUGAAGUUCCUGAGCCUGUUGAUGGUUCUCCUAGCUGCUGUCUGUCUACCAUUAAAUGACCUUCAGUUUGACCCAGCAGGCUAUUUCUGGGCAGUGAUACAUUGCCUAUGCGCUGGUGGAUACAGAGUGUUCCAGGAAUUACCGAAAUCUUGUUUAUUAAGUGAAUUUGAGCAGCAGUACCUCAACUACUUAUACAGUGUGGUACUUCUGGCCUUUGCUGCCCAUUUUUCAGGUGAUGCAUUUAGUGCCUUGGAUUUCCCAUUUCUUUACUUCUACCGAUUCCAUGGUGGCUGUUGCGCCAGUGGAAUUCUGGGGUUUUGUGUGCUGCUGGCUUCCGUAAAGGUGAAGAGUUAUUUUUCCACAGACCAGUUUGAUGCAUGGAUGUUCUUAACAAAGGUUCUUGCAUCAUCGUUAUCAUUGGGCGUCUUUGAGACUCGUUUGAAUGUACCUACAAGUUGUUGCUUCUUGCUUGGUGCACUCGGAGAAGCCUUGUUUGUUUAUGCUAAGAGAAGUGGAGCAUUAGUAAAAGGAUGAACGUGAAGACAAGACAGAUGCUGCAAAACACCUGCGACAUCGUAAUUGUAUCACUUUCCCUCAUUCCGUGAGAUCAGUGAGAAAGGAAAUGACACGUGGAUGGCAAAUGGAGCAACAAUGUUUUUUCUCCCUUUUUUGCCAUGUUUCUAUAAAUAUAUUUGAAUGAGGGAAGUAUAAAUGGUGAUUAAGACUUGAUUUUACCAUAAAGCCUUGGGCAACAUGUAUUUACUGUCCCACGUGAGAACCCAGAGAGGAAAACAAAGCAUUGUGCCUCAUGACAGUUGUCUGUGUGAACCACUGAUUACUGUACCUUCUCAAGGAAAGAAUAGGAUUCUCAAGUCAGUCGACAGCAGAACAGGAAACACUUUGCUCUCCCAAUCUGAUUAAACCACAGAAUUUACUGUGAACAAUGAAGUCAUAACAUUUGAGAGAUCAUUUGGACUAUUUUUCCCCAUGAGUAAAUAUGAGUUUCUGCCUGCUCUAAGGUAACUGGCUGGAAUAGUAACUCUUUGCAACAUGUAAUAAUAAUAAUAAUAAUCCUUGCAUUUGAUGUAGCGCUUU